UAUUUCAGGAUCCACUGAUCCUGUUAAUAUCAUCAGAUCACCCCACAGUUAAAACUUGCGCGAACUUCGAAGAACUAGAACGUCAACAGCAAAUGUUGGACGUGUACCGCACUAGGUGUCUGUUCGUAUGCGGAGACCCGGUUACCUUCGAACAGAUCAUGCUAAAGAGAGACGCUGAAAGGAAAGCGUUUACCGAGAUGGCUUCUCUGAAACAAGCCGAAACCAUGGAGAAAAUCGUUGCUGAACGAAAACGUCUAGCACAGUUGAUAGUAGCAGAAAAGCAGCAUUCCCUCCGAGUGCUCGAGGCAGCUAUGGCUGAAGCGAAAGCUGCUAAAAGAAAAGCCCAGCGCCCGGAAAAAGUGCUCAGUGAAUUAGAAGUAGCAGCAGAUAAGGCCGCCGAAGAGGUAGAUUCUAAACUUAGAGACGAUGAAAGGGACAAAAUAAUGGAGUAUUAUUCGAAAUUGAAUAUGGAGGUUGAAAAAAGUAAAAUGCACACCGAAUGGAAAAUCAAACGUUUGCAAUUAGAUCAAAGCAGAAUGCAGCUGCUCUCUACCGAAGAGAGAAAUUUAAAACGAGAAAAAUUAGAGUUGGAGCAUCAGAAGAACGAAGAAAUCAUGGCUAUGUCAAUACAGAGCUUCGACCCUAAAUCCGAAGACGAGAUAGAAAGUAAAGUUGAUGAUAAGAAUGUCGAAGAUAAAAUGUCUAUAUCCACCAAUUCAGUGACUAUGCUAGAAAUCGAUGAAAGUCCUCAACCAACUGAAUUCACUCAGAAUAAAAUGAAAUCUCAAACGUCUAGUGAUGUAUUCAACGCUAUUUGUAACGUCGCAAAGAGCUUUUUCGGUGUCACGAAACGGGACGAUAGCAAAAAUGAUGAUAAUACAAAGGAAUUGGAUUCCCAAGGCAAUGUUGUUUCCGAAAUUAAUUCAAACAGUGCAAGGAAACAUCAGUACGAUGAACAUCAAUUGGCCGAAAAUAAUUUGCAGUAUAUAAAGUCACGGCAGGAAGCCUUUUUGAACAAACAGAAAGUUAUGGCUCACGAAUUCGGCCAAACGGAUAACGAGAAUAACCAAUUGAAUGAUCCUCCACUGAUCAAUGUCAUUACUGUGGACGAAGAAAAUAAUAUACAAGAUGAUUCGCGCGCUUUCGUUGAAGCGAAACGUAAUAAAUUAAAAGUUCUCGGAACCGAAUUCGGAAUGAAGCCAGACGAGAAAGUUAUUAAUACAGGACCAAGAACGGACGCUCAAAGGGAAGCCCUGAUAAACAAGCAGAAAGUGUUAGGCGUUGAAUAUAAUUUGCCGGCCGAAGUAUUUCACAAACGCGAACCAGCAAACGUAGCUCAAGAGGAGGCCCUGCGUAACAGAACUAAAGUGCUGACAUCGGACCAGGAAGCGAACAAACCGAUCAGUCCAAAACGCGAAGCCACCAAACGAUCCGGCCUCACAUUGAAUUUGAAACCUUACAUUGAAACUGUUAAAGUUCAGAACGUUUCUACACCUAAUCUAGGAUCUAUAACUCCCGGAGAUCUAUUUCCUCGUCUUGAUUUAGAAACACCGACCACAGCGGACAUACCGCCAGAAGGGCCGAUGACUGGCGACGUUUUCACACCCCGAAGUGACGGAAAAGACCUAGAAACUACUGGAAUAAAAUGCAAAGUUGAUAAAGAAUUUAUCACUUCAGAAGGGUUUAACUUCCCUGUACUAGAUGACGAGUCUGUCGGGCCGGAGAAUACUAGCGAUGGACAAACUGAGGAAUUUGUGGAAACCUCUCCGACUAAAGGGACGGAUAUCGAAGUCGAAAGUAUCAAAAACAAAUAUUCAUUUUUCAACAUACUCGAUGGUUCCUAUGAUCUCGAUGAUUUUGAUCCUUUUGGUGUGAAAGAGUUAACGAAAUAUUCAAAAGAUCCUUUCACUAGUAAAAUGGAUUUAGAAAUGAAAAGCUCAAGCUACACCCACCCUGCUCUUAUAAUGGAGGAAGUGAAAAAGAAACCAUAUUCGAAUAUAUUUUUGACCCGCUCCGAUGCCAAACAUAAUGACGCCAGUAACAUAUCAUGUGAUAACAUAGCAACACUGACAGCGUGCCUGCAACGUUCUGUAAUGUUGCCACUAACGUACCAGCUAGAAGUCGUUAAUAAUUCUAUUUUGACGUACUUCUUGGUCAAUCUGGACAUAUACGAGCAUUUGAGGAGUUUGAAGGAUUACUUCUUUCUGAUGGACGGUGAAUUUUCUCGGAGCAUAUGUCACAAUCUGUUUAGUAAAUUAUCGAAGACGUUAAAUCCCCAGGAGCUUUUGAAUUUUGCCACGUUACACAAUAUCUUGGACAAGGCACUCGGUUCGUCUAUAUCUCAUAUUCAUAAAUUUUCCGAGAACGUUUCGUUUACAAUAACCGAAUCUCCUCUAAGUUUCCAACACAGCUCCCCCGACGUACUCCAAUGCUUGUCCUUGACGUAUACGGUCACGUGGCCGCUGAACAUUAUCCUGUCCCAAGAGGCAUUGUUGCGCUACGCCAAAGUCUUCCAGUUUUUGGUCAAAAUGAGGAGGAUAUCCUGGGUGCUCGGAGAAGAUUUUGAGAAUCUGAAACUGGCCGUGAAACUUUCGCGGGAGCACUCCCGGAGGCUGUUGCGUUCGCCUCACUACAUCUCGAUACAAAUUUACCGGCACAUAAUGGCGUCCAUGGUCCGCGCGCUCGACAACUACAUCGUGGCGACGUGCAUCUUGUCCUCGUGGACCGAAUUCGAGAAUGAUUUGAAGAAAGCGAGAACUCUAGACGACCUAUACGAAUGUCAUGUCGUUUACAUAAAAAAAGUUUUGUUCAGAUGUCUACUGAACAACAGGUCGACGCCCGUAAUGAAGUUGUUGAAUGAUAUGUUUACGGUUAUCCUCAAGUUUAGCAGAGUAUUAAAGGCGGGGGAAUGGCAGGAAAACAAUUCGAACGCAUAUUUCACGCACUCCAGUUUCGUACAGCUCGAAGAAUUGUUCCAUUUGUUCGAGAAACUAGCGAAAUAUCUUCACAAAGUGGUCACCAAGUUAAUGGAGUGCGGGUAUCAAAGGCACCUCGUGGAACUACUCAUUAUGACCAACCUGAACGGAUAUUACAACUCUGAUAAGCCCAAUAACACGACAGUUCAGUCCACGUAGUGCAUUUUGGUUAUUAACGAAUCUACCCACACUAAUGUGAUUUAGCAAAACGCACCCUAUGACUAAAAAGUGAAGGCUCAUAAUCGCUCGGAAUGCUGUUGUAAUUAACCUGCAUUAAAAAAGAGUUCGUUGUUCGGGUCAAGGUACAUGAUUAGAGUUUUCUCAAAAGCACAACAAGACUGUUGAUUCGUAAAAAGACUGUGUUUUUUGUAUUUAAUUCAUAAGAAAAAUGUAUGUUCCAAACUGACAGACCACUCUUGAUAUGUCCUUGUUAAACGCGUUGAUAGCUUGUCGAGGAGUCUCUGGUUGGGUUGAAAGCUUUUUUUAUGGUCCUGGAUCGGUCGACAAGUUCACGACUUCAGAAUCAUCAUUAUCAGUCCGCUGACGUUGGCUGCUAGAUACAGACGUCCCACAGGCUUCACCUAUCCGUGGUGCAUACGAGUAAGUACGAGUAAGUAAGAGUGCUUUACCGAGUGCCACUUGAAAUCCUUUGGCCUAUGUUGGUGACCUUGGCUCUCUUGUGAAUCUCUUCCUGAUCGGAUUUCGCAGGGUAACUCCAGCUUUUUUCUAUAUUGGCCUUUAGGUGACGGUAUGCCUUCUGAUAAACCCUUCCGUGAGCGACCAUGCCAUUAAUGGCAAGUCACACGAUGCACCUGAUAUUAACACUAAUCAUACCAACACUUACUGGUACUUAUUUCUACCAUAGCAGGUAGACAGCGGUAUGCGACAAAUAUUACUCAAAAUAAACAAAACAAUACCAAAAAAAUAGUAUAAUAAUUGUAGAUUAAGAAAGAAAAAGUCAUGAAAUGAAAUGUGCCAAAGCAGAUGAUGCGUGCAUUUUUAAUGAAAAAGUUCAAAAUUGGUCAUUUGACCCGUUAUGGUAUGUUCAAUGUUAAAUGGUUACCAUAGACAGGAUAUGAGAACGUCUAUAUAGUAAAUGCUACUAAUUAAUUACCUUGAGAUAUGAAGUCCUAUUCUCAACUCUAUAACGACAGUAUAUUUCGAACUGGAACGCAUGAUUUCUUCGCGGCAGAUAAAGGUAGGACGCCUAAAAACGUGAGAGAAUUUCUCGUGUAAAAAAUCUAAGACUUUUUUGGUGAUAUUAUUUUAUGAGUUAGUAAUGUAAUGUGCUGGCGUGCUCUCUAUAUAAUAAUUAAAUUAGAUCUAAUAUAAGUUUGCCACCAAACAAACCAAACUCUGGUUGCAAAUAGAUUAUUACAGUUUUGCUUUAAUUGUUAAAAGAAACUUGGUGUUGCUAUGAAUCUUAUAUAAAGUUAGUCUUAAUUAGUUAAAUUAGUUGAUUAAACAAAAAAGAGCAUGUAGUUAGUAGGUGCUCUGCCGUGUUUCGGUUCAAGAUUUUCAAAACUAAUCUUGGAAAAAACUAACAAUUUUAACAAAACAAUAA